AUGGCCAUGAAAAAUUAUUAUAUCCCUGAUUCAUUUCAAAGAGCAUCCAAUAUUAGAGUCCCAUUAGCACCCAAUGUUAAAUUCGAAAUAAAUCCAGGAAUUUUUCAAAUGCUCCCUAAUUUUCAUGGAUUGCCUUUAGAGGAACCUCAUCAGCACUUAGAAAAAUUUCAUAUGGUCUGUGAUUUAGUUAAUCUCCCUCAAGUUACACCGAAAAUUAUUAAGAUGAAAUUAUUCCCUCAUACACUUAGGGACAAAGCUAGCCAUUGGCUAUCCACAUUAGAUAGAGAAUUAACUAGCUAGAAAGACAUAGAAUAGGCAUUUCUUCGAAAAUUUUAUCCCUUAGGAAAAACUCAAAAUAUGAGAAAACAUAUAUGGAGUUUUUCUCAAAGACCAAGAGAAACUUUGCAUGAGACAUGGGAAAAAUUUAAAGAUUUACUUAGAAAGUGUCCUCAUCAUGCUAUACCCAAGUGGCAGCUCAAUAGAAUUUUUUAUGAUGGAUUAUUAGAACAACAUAGAAAUAUGGUUGAUUCUAUAUGUGGAGGAGCUUUUAUGAAGAAAACUCCUGAUGAGAUUUACAGUCUUUAUGAGAAUUUAAGUGAAAAUUCUAGAGAUCAAGCCUCUUUUGAAUUAUAUGACAGGGAUAAGAAGAGAGGAAUUUAUGAAUUGCAUCAUGAUGAUGAUUCUAAACUUAGAAAUGAGGUUAAUCAGAUUAAUCAAAGAUUAGAAAAAAUUGAUUUACUUAUUGACAAUAUUAGAAAGCCUUUUAACCCUCAACUUAAUUCAAAUAGUACAUGUCCUAUGUAUGGUGAAAAUGAUUAUUUUGAAUUUCAAUGUUAUAAUUUAGAUCAAUCAUUUCACCCUAUGCAAGAAUAAGUGCAAGUAGCUCACGGUUUUAAUAGAAACAUGGAACCUUUUUCAAAUUCUUAUAAUCCUAAUUGGAGGAAUAAUUUUUCAUGGAGAGACCCAAAUAAUAUUCAAAAUCCAGAAGCACUUAGACCCAAUUCAAACUCUAAAUUUCGUCCAAAACAAGAAAACAGAUUUCAGAAAAAUUAGCCCUCUCAAAUCCAACCUGAUGCUAUGGAAAUGAUGCAGCAAAUGAGCCAAAUGAUGCAACAAACUAUGAAUCAAAUGAUGCUGCACCAGAAACAAAUUAUAGAGGCUCUUGGGAAUAAGAGAGAAGAGGGACAACUACCUAGUCAGCCCAUAGAAAAUCCAGGGAACCGCCCAACAAUAGGAUUUCAGCAAGCGGAGUCUAGUAGCAUGAAUCUAGGAAAAAACCCACGAAAUGAAAAUGUUAGGAUAGUGAAUGCAUUAAGGAGUGGUAAGAUCUUACCUGAUCCUUAUCCCCAAACAUUAGAAGAAAAAGAAAACGUGGACAAACCAAAACAAAAUCAAAUAGGAGUAGAAGAGGAUUUUAUAGAUUCUACCCAAGAAAUUUCGAAAGAGAGGACGACCAUUCCAUUUCCUAAAGCUCUAGAGCCUAGACAAAGAAAGAAAAAGGAACACAAUGAAGAAAUAAAGAAAAUUUUACAAGAUGUGCAAAUUAGCCUUCCUUUACUCACUGCCAUUGAACAUAUUCUUGAAUAUGCUAGAGUUUUGAAAGAAAUGUGUACACCAAAAAGGGCACCUAGAGUAGAAAAAUUAUCUAUGCAUGCUAGUGCAUUAUUAUUAAAUCAAUUACCAUAUAAAUUGAGAGAUACAGGUGCCCCUUUAAUUUCGUGUGAUAUUGGUGGAUUCAUUUUUCAGAAUGCAUUACUUGACACCGGUGCUAGUAUUAAUUUAUUACCUGCAAGUAUUUGUGAUAAAUUUAAUAUUUCUGAUCUUAAACCUUCUACUGUUACCUUACAAUUUGCUGAUAGAUCCAUAAAACAUCCUAAAGGUAUUUUAGAAAAUGUGAUAGUGACAGUUAAAGGGUGUAAAUUUCCAGCUGAUUUUGUAGUGCUGAAAAUGGAUUUUAAUGGACAGUUUUAUGAUACGCCAAUCAUCCUAGGGAGACCAUUUUUGCAUACAGCAAAGAUGAAUAUUGAUUUUCCCACAGGUAUUGCAAAAAUUUCAUGUGGAGAUCAAUCAGUAGAAAUUAAAAUUUUUGAGGUACCAAAUGAUCUUAAGAAAUCACAAGUAUAUGAUUGUCAUACCAUAGAUCUUCUAGAUUAUUUUGAUGAUCCAGAUGUUAUUGAUGACUGUGUGCUGGAAGAAUUAGAGGAAAUAGAGAAUAUAAAUUUGGGAGAAAAGAAAGAAGAAGAUCAUCUGAAUUUAGAGUUGAAACCUCUUCCCUCUAGUUUAAAAUAUAUGUUUUUGGAGGAAAAUAAUUCAUUUCCUAUUAUUAUUGUAGCUGAUUUGAGUGAUGAACAGGAAGAAGAAUUAUUAGAUGUACCUCGAAAAAAUAAGAAGGCUAUGGGCUGGAAAAAGGACGAUCUAAGGGGCAUUGAUAUGAGUGUAUGCAUGCAUAGUAUAUAUCUAGAGGAGGGGGCCAGAACUAGCAGGGAACCACAACGAAGAUUAAAUCCUAACAUGAUGGAAAUUGUAAAAAAAGAAAUUUUAAAGUGGCUGGCUGCUGAUAUUAUUUAUCCUAUUUUAGAUAGCAAAUGA